AUGGCAUUUAUUGAACAAACAUACAACUAUGCACCUAAACAAAUAGAAGAGUUUCUUAUAGGAAGUUUACUCGAUGGAUUAUUACCAGAAAUCGAUGAAUCGCUAAUACAACAUGACAAGUCACUAGAAAUCGAAGAGAGGAAAGUGCAAUGCGAUAAACCACAACAAUUGGAUCAAAAGUUAGGGCAAAAUCAUGAAUUAUUACAAACUAAUCAGAAUGAAGUGCAACACGGCAAAUCCAAACAACUAGAUGAGAAAACGGAGCAACAUCAAGAAUUACUACAAAGCAAUGAGAAAGAAGUUAUACAUAACAAAAUAGAAGAACUAGAUGAAACACCAGAGCAACAUCACCAAUUACCACAAACUAAUGAGGAAGAAGUGAAAUACUUCGAAUCAGAAAAACUAGAUGAAAAUGCAGAGGAGUGUCAUGAAUCACCAGAAAGCGACGAGAAUCAAACACAAGAGAUCAAGCUCUCGGCGCAAAUAGGUAUGAUAUUAUAUAUUUAA